GAGAGGCGGGGCUGACUGUGUCACGUGGGCCUCGCUCCCGCCGCCGCCGUCUUUCUCUGUCUCGGCUGAGGCAGCCAUCUUGCUCUUGCCGCGUGCUGGUGUUGGAGGACCCUCCCUGCUCCAGAUUUACCAACAGCAUGAAUCAAGAAAAGUUAGCCAAACUUCAGGCUCAGGUCCGGAUAGGGGGCAAGGGCACAGCUCGCAGAAAGAAGAAGGUGGUACAUAGGACAGCUACAGCUGAUGACAAAAAGCUUCAGAGUUCUCUAAAAAAACUGGCUGUGAAUAAUAUAGCUGGUAUUGAAGAGGUGAACAUGAUUAAAGAUGAUGGGACAGUUAUUCAUUUCAACAAUCCCAAAGUCCAAGCUUCCCUGUCUGCCAAUACCUUCGCAAUUACUGGUCAUGCAGAAGCCAAACCAAUCACAGAAAUGCUUCCUGGAAUAUUAAGUCAGCUUGGUGCUGACAGCUUAACAAGCCUUAGAAAGUUAGCUGAACAGUUCCCACGGCAAGUGUUGGAUAGUAAAGCACCAAAACCAGAAGACAUUGAUGAAGAGGAUGAUGAUGUUCCAGAUCUCGUAGAAAAUUUUGAUGAAGCAUCAAAGAAUGAAGCUAACUAAAAUUUUUUUUUUUUGGUAUUUUGAAGCUGGCAUGGACUAGAUUUAACAAAUCAGCUAUGUGGUUCCAAAGUUUUACAGACACAGAGAACAUCACCUGUUACUAGUUCAGUAAUAUAAAUAUUUUGUAUAUUAAUAAUGCUGUUUCUUCAGCAUUUUUCGGUCAUUUGAUUUUGCAUUUUGCACUUCUUCCCAGGAUCUAUUCUUUUGGUCAAAUAUGAAGUAUUGGUGCAGUUUGAGGGUGUUUUGGUUUUUACUUCUUGGUUUUUUGUUUUGUUUGGGGGGGGGGUAUUUUUGGUGUAUGUAUGUAUAUGUAUGCGUGUGGGUAUGUGUGUAUUCAGUGGAGAAGAAAUUGGAAAACAGUUCUAUUUAUCCUCUUCCUUCCCCCAGUAGAAAUAAAACAAAUCUUUACAUUC